CGGGGUACAGGCCAACUGUAGCUUCCCUCCAGCUUGGUUUGGUUGUGGCCCUGAGACAGGCCCUGGUGUGUACAUGGGCUGUAUGUGCCACGCCAGGAGUCGCCUGUCCCUGUGUGCACAGCCCGAAGUCAGGGGCAGGGCUGCCGUCCUCUGAAGGCAGCUGAGGUCUCAGACUGGGAAGUGUGCACUGGGCAUUGCAAAGUUCUGUCUGUGCUCCGGGAAAGGGCUGCUCUCCCAGCAGCUUAGGGUGCAGAUGCUCCAGCAAGAACUUAAAGCCGGGUUUCCAUUUUUCACUGCUGUGGAGUGUGUGCUGUGCACAUGGAAUGCGGCUACUGUCCAACAGCAGCCUUGCACAAACAGCACGAUAAAUGAUUUAUUCCAAAACAAUUAAGAUAUCUAGUCAGAUGUUACAUCACAUGUGGCAGCCAGAUGGAUGAGAUUGGGAAUGUACUUGGAGUUCUUUCUUACAGAAAACAAAUAUCCCUCGCAGUCACUAAGGUUUUCCAGAAUGAUGCCAAGAAAAAGAAGGCAGUUAAUUCCAUUAAAUGCUGUCCAGAGUAAACCUGACUUCUCUCCAGCUGACACCUCUGGGAGCCUGACAGUUGUUCUUGAUGGGAAUUCCUCUCCAAUAAGCAGCAAAUACUUCUGUGAAGAGAAGAGGACAUCUUCUCGGCUAGGAACAGACUUUUUCAACCAACCCUGCAUCAGCCUGGCUAAGUCAUUUCUAGGACAGAUUUUAGUUCAUAAACUUCCAGAUGGCAGAGAACUCCAGGGAAGGAUUGUGGAAACAGAGGCGUAUCUGGGUGGGGAAGAUGAAGCUUCCCAUUCAAAGGGAGGGAAGCAAACUGCAAGAAAUGCAGCCAUGUUCAUGAAGCCUGGAACCCUGUAUGUGUACCAGAUCUAUGGGAUUUAUUUCUGCAUGAAUGUUUCCAGCCAGGGGGCGGGAGCUGCAGUCCUGCUCCGUUCCUUGGAACCGCUGCAGGGCCUGGACACAAUGAGGCAGCUGCGAAGUGCUCACAGGAAAGGAUCAGCCAAACCCCUGAAGGACUGGCAGCUGUGCAAUGGACCAUCCAAGCUCUGUCAAGCACUUGAUAUUAACAAGAGCUUUGACCAAAAGGACCUGAUUCACGAUCCAGCAAUCUGGAUGGAGCCUGGCUCAGAGGCAUUAGAACAGGCUGUGGUGACUGCGGCCAGAAUUGGGGUCAACUAUGGUGGAGAGUGGGCACAGAAACCACUGAGGUUUUAUAUACAAGGGAACAAAUGUGUGAGUGUUAUAGACAAGAAGGUGGAGAGAGAGCAUGGUGCUGUGCUGUAGAGGGUGAGAGGGAUGAGGACAAACAAGACUGGAGUGCUGGUAAGGUCUGUGCUUUCAUUAACUGUCAGGCCCAGUAAAAUGCUGGUUUGGAUUUGGUUUUAAUAAUAAAGGUGCUUUGUUACAAUGA